AUGGAUUUCUCAAAAUACACUGAGUGCCUUUCCCAAUGGCCUGCGCAUAUCACACCGGGCUUGCCGGCCUUUGGAGCCUUGUUCCUUCUGGCGGCAGGUGGGUUGCACGUUGCCUGCCACGUCUGGACGUUCGUGCGGGUGCUUCUCAGCCUGUUCGUGCUUCCGGGUAAACCGCUGCGCUCAUUCGGUCCCCCCGGUAGCUGGGCUGUCGUGACAGGUGCCUCCGAUGGCCUCGGCAAAGAAUUUGCCCUGCAGCUAGCCAAGGCGAAGUUCAACAUCGUGCUCGUCUCCCGCACAGCCUCGAAGCUCGAGACCCUCUCCGAGGACAUCACCAAGCAAUUCCCACAAGUCCAGACCAAGACCCUGGCGAUGGACUUCUCGCGCAACGCCGAUGCCGACUACGAAGCCCUGAACCAGCUGGUCAACGGUCUGGACGUCUCUGUCCUUGUCAACAACGUCGGUCUCAGCCACUCGAUCCCCGUUCCCUUCGCCCAGACCCCCGCCGCCGAGAUGGCCGAUAUCGUCACGAUCAACUGCACCGGAACCCUGCGCGUCACCCAGCUCGUCGUCCCUGGCAUGAUGCAGCGUCGCCGCGGUCUGAUUCUCACCAUGGGCUCCUUCGGUGGUCUGCUCCCUACACCCUUCUUGGCCACUUACUCCGGCAGCAAGGCUUUCCUGCAGCACUGGUCCACUUCUCUCGGCAGUGAACUGGCUCCCUACGGCAUUGAUGUCGAGCUUGUCCAGGCUUACUUGAUCACCUCUGCCAUGUCCAAGAUCCGUCGUGCUUCUGCUUCCAUUCCUAACCCGCGCACUUUUGUUCGCUCUGUCCUUGGCAAGAUUGGUCGCAGUGGUGGUUCGCCUAGCUAUGCUUACAGCUCCUCGCCUUACUGGAGCCAUGGCAUCAUGGCUUGGUUCCUGACUACCGUUACUGGAACCAUGGGUGGUUUUGUCCUUGGUCAGAACAAAUCUAUGCAUGAAAGCAUUCGCAAGCGUGCUCUCCGUAAGGCUGAGCGUGAGGCUGCUAAGAAGAGCACUUAA